AUCAGGGGCCCCAUGGCCAUCGGAUUCAUUGCGCAUAGAAAUAAGGGGUAGCAUUGGAAAAUAACACAUUAGUUAAUAAGAACGGUAGAAAAACGGAAGGGUCGAUUCCAAAACAUUGCCAUCAGGAAGAACAAUCGCAGUGGAAUCAGAUCAUUCAGCUGCUGCUUGGUGUUUAUUGGUCACCGAGGAGAUUGCAAGGAGUUCAUAAAAAUGAAAGGUAAUAGGUCUCGUGUAAGGUGGGAUGAGGCAAAUAUAGGGGAAAUCGAAGCAAAUAAACCUGUGAGGCAGAAAAUAACUGAACCCAAGACACCUUAUCACCCAAUGAUUGAUGAUGAUGGGUCUCUGUCUCCUAGGCGGGGCAGCUUUGAUGAUGUUGUUGGUGAAGCAAUGCGUGCAGAAGAGUUAAGGACUGCACUGGAUACAGUGGCUUCCUCCAGUAGAAAUGCUGGUAGGCGGUCUGGUGGCUGGACAUCAUCUGAGGAUGAGGCUGAUCCUAUGGAACAAGAUGAAGAUUCUGAAUCAGAUAGGAAUGCAAGUUUUAGGGAGCAAAGACGAGCACACUAUGACGAGUUUCGGAAAGUAAAGGAAUUUCGGCGGAAAGGUUCUUUCUUUGAGGAUGAAGAUGAUGAAAAUGGUGUUAAUAAGCGAAGGGAUGAGAGAUGUGACUCAUCUUCAUCGUUAAGUGCUGGUGUGAAAGAUAUAGACAUUGAAGAGGGUUCAGCAGCUUCAUGUCAAGAGUCUUCUUUGCCUCCAGCUAAUGGAGCUUAGAAUUUGUUGAGUCGAUAUAAAUCUAAAACACCAACUUGUUUGGCGCCAUUUCCUGAAACUUUCAUGGGAUUUUGGUGUAUAACGAUCCAAGGAAAGAACUGCAUGCUUCUAUGUGCUGUUGUGUAAAUAAUUUGGAAGCGCAAAUUGGUGACAAACAUUUGUCAUAACCUUCACCCGUGUUUUCGGGCACUAGUUAACUUGGGUUAUGUUUAGUUUUUUUGGGAUA